UAUAUACUUCUAUAUACAAUUAAACCGGAUAUCGGGCAUAACAUACAGAUUUAUAGCAUGGCUACUUAUGCUGCAUUCAAACAUGUUGAACUUUACAAUGUCGGCAAAGCCAAAAAGAGAGUAUUGAGGGCCCCUGGUGGAGUCUCAAGUGACAUUUUCGGAUCCGAACUGCCCCAAACUCCACGUACCGUCAAAAAUCUGAUGGCCUCGAAUAUAUUCUCUGCCGAAACAGAUGCCGCCCAGAAGAACAAUGUGCGGCAAGGAGCUCACAGAUUCUAUUACAUUGGUGAGACCCCACGUCGAGGCCAAAAACCAGUUGACUCGUACUCACGUUUAUUCGGCGAACCGGCUCGUCCUAUCACACCUAGCAAGAAUCACAUGAAGAGCAAUAUUCCCUUUGGACAAAACCCGAAUACCGCUCAAUUAAUUUCCAAGGGAAAUUAUAACGGAAAAAGUGGUUCGGUGUCGUCCGCAUCAUCGUCUGUUUCUUCUUCGACUGAGAAUCUUAAAAUUAAUGGAGUAAGAUCGGGAAAUCCCGUUACCGGCGAGGGGUACAAAGCUGGCGGAACCGAUUAUAUCCAGCCAACUCAUCUUAACGGCGGAAGUCAAGUUAUCAACAAGAAUCGUGUCCCACCUGGGGGUUACUCAUCGGGACUUUGGUAAUUCCAAAUUACAGAGCCUCUCGAUAAAAGACAGCAUGGUAGAUGUGCACAGUUAAUGAGCAGAUGACAGACAGACCCCAAAAUCGGAACCCCUUCUAUCUACAUACUCAAAACUAGAUGUAGCGUUUUAAGUAAUUGCAGAAGAGCAUCCAUAUCGAUCGAUUGGUAUCAAG